GCCAUGUAUCGGUGGUCUCUCUUUGCCUUGCUCUUUGUCACCUGCAUGGAAGUGUCCAUACAGAAGAAAACAAAGCAAGGCCCUCAAACUCUCUCAAGAGGAUGGGGGGAUGACAUUACUUGGGUCCAGACCUAUGAGGAAGCCCUGAUGACAAUGACAGAAAGUAAGAAGCCUCUGAUGGUCAUUCAUCACAUGGAGGAUUGUCCUCAUAGUCAAGCUCUGAAGAAGGCGUUUGCUGCUGAUAAAGCCGUACAGGAACUUGCCCAAGAGGAUUUUGUCAUGCUCAAUUUGAUUCAUGAGACUACAGACACCAAUCUGGCACCAGAUGGCCACUACGUUCCAAGAAUUAUCUUUGUUGAUCCAUCCAUGACUGUGCGUGCUGAGCUUGUUGGGAAGUACAGGAGCCACAUGUUCGCCUACAAGCCGAGCGACAUCCCGUACUUGGCCGAGAACAUGAAGAAAGCCAAAAAUCUACUGCACACUGAACUGUAA